GCGUCAGUCACGUUCGAGCCGCCCCGACGUCAACAUCUCAGACUCCAUUUAGUUGUCUGCGAGCGGAGUUGUGAACAACCAUAGUACAAAAUAACGUACAAAUUUUUCAGUGAGGUGAAUGCAUCCCGAUAUUUUUUUUUUUUAUACUCAAGUGACAGUGCCUUGAAGUGCAGUGACCAGGAUUUUGGCGAAAAUGGAGUGUAACCGAGUUCUAAAUUUAAAAUUAUAAAUUAGUGUGUCCGAAGUAAAUUGAUCAGUGGAUUUUAGAUGACUGAACAACAGUUCGGUUGACUAAAAUCUUAAAACAAAAACUAAUUGGCAUUUUUUACGUAAUUUUUAAAUAAAAUAAAUUCUUCUUUCUGCUGUGGUUUUCUCUUUACAGAUUUUUUAUUUUGAUAAGGAGCUACAUAGUAUACGGGAACAAGUGUUAAAAUAGUUACAAUAAAUAGAAAAGUGCCUUAUUAAAGUCUAUUUAAGUGGAAAAGAAGUGAAAACAAACAAAACCACGGAGACAAAAUGCCAAAAAAAUUGUUGCUCUUCAAAAAGAUAAUACCUGAAAUUAACUUCGCUAAGAGAAAUCUUACGUCACCACUCGGCCGGAAUAUAUUCAUCAGUUAAACUGGUAAAAUAAAACAAAAACAAAAUCAACAAAGUUGAAGUAACAGUGAGGAGUGCCAUAAAGAUUUUCAAAGAAAAAUUCUUAUGGUGUUACAAGAAUAAUACAAAAAAAAGUUGCCUUACCGACCAAGUCGAAAACAACAAUAGAAAAAAAGAAAAGAAAAUACACCAAAACGUUCAGUGAUACUAGUGUAAACGAGAUGCGAAUGCGAUUCGCGCAACACAAAUAUUGGCCGAAAAUAACCUAAAGUAAAAAAAAAUUAAAAAAACUUUUUCGAAACUUUCAAAUUUCGAGCUACAAAAUGAACAAUCAAUUCCACGAGCUGUUUGGAUCCCAGUGGCCUCCAGACCAGCAUGGGGGUCACUCGUCCGCGUCUACCAUGCUGCAUCAGUCUCAGUCUUCGAUGCCUCAGCUGCAGUUGAAACGGGAGCCCCAUACUGACGUCCAGGGGGUGAUGCACAACCAAAUGGGGAUGGACAUCUCGGGGUCUGUUGCCGACAGCACCUCCCCACCCCCUGGAAGCAGCGACGGCAUGUUCGGUUCCUCAAUUACUGGCAUGUUCAUGGAUAAAAAGGCAGCGAACUCGAUAAGAGCUCAAAUCGAAAUUAUACCAUGCAAAGUCUGCGGAGACAAGUCAUCAGGGGUCCACUAUGGCGUCAUCACGUGCGAAGGCUGCAAGGGAUUCUUCAGGAGGUCCCAGAGUACAGUGGUGAACUACCAGUGCCCGCGGAACAAAGCGUGCGUGGUAGACAGAGUCAACCGCAACAGGUGUCAGUACUGUCGGCUGCAGAAAUGUCUCAAACUUGGGAUGAGUCGGGAUGCGGUGAAAUUCGGGCGAAUGUCGAAGAAACAACGUGAGAAGGUUGAGGAUGAGGUGCGAUUUCAUCGGGCACAAUUGAGAGCACAGACGGACGCCGCGCCAGACUCCGUGUACGACGCCCAACAGCAGACGCCUAGUUCAAGCGAUCAAUUCCACAACCAUUACAAUGGUUACACCGGCUACAACUCCCCAAUCUCCUCCUACGGCUACAACGCGGGCCCGGCCCUCACGUCCAACAUCACGGGCAUACAGACCCAGGGCCCGCAACCACAAGGCUACGACGCCGGCGCCGACUACGUCGACUCCACCACGUACGAGCCGAAGCCUACGAGUGGAUUCUUGGAUCCAGAUUUCAUUGGCCAUGGUGAAGGUGACAUAAGCAAGGUGCUGGUGAAGAGUUUGGCCGAAGCCCACGCCAACACCAACCCCAAGCUGGAGUUCAUACACGAGAUGUUCAGAAAACCACCAGAUGUCUCCAAAUUACUGUACUUCAACUCGAUGACGUACGAGGAGAUGUGGCUGGACUGCGCGGACAAACUGACAGGAAUGAUUCAGAACAUCAUAGAGUUCGCGAAACUCAUCCCUGGGUUCAUGAAACUGACGCAGGACGACCAGAUUCUGCUGUUGAAGUCAGGUUCGUUCGAGCUGGCCAUAGUCCGCCUUUCGAGGCUGAUCGACGUGAACCGCGACCAGGUGCUGUACGGCGACGUGGUGCUGCCUAUCAGGGAGUGCGUACACGCACGUGACCCACGCGACAUGCAGCUGGUGGUGGGGAUCUUCGAGGCCGCGAAGACCAUAGCGAGACUUAAACUGACUGAGACUGAACUGGCGCUGUACCAGAGCCUCGUGUUGUUGUGGCCAGAACGACACGGCGUCCGAGGCAACCACGAGAUCCAAUGCCUGUUCAACAUGUCGAUGGCGGCCAUUCGUCACGAGAUCGAGAGCAAUCAUGCGCCGUUGAAGGGCGACGUCACAGUACUGGACACUCUCCUCGCCAAGAUACCCAACUUCAGAGAACUAUCGCUGAUGCACUUGGAGGCGCUCUGCCGCUUCAAAGCGGCCCAUCCAAACCAUGUAUUCCCAGCGCUAUACAAAGAACUAUUCUCCUUAGACAGUGUCCUGGAUCCAUACACCCACGGAUAAUAACAUCGUCCAGAUAAGCAUUAUUUAUCUUUGUUCGAUAUCCAUGCCCUUUGAAAAUCGAACAUUCAAAAGACUUGACAGCUAAUAUUUUUUAAUUCCUUCCCAUAAAUAAGCGGCACCGGCGACGCAAUUGUUAUUCUAUUUAUAAUUGUAUGUAUGUACUCCGAGACUGUUAAAAUAUUAUAUAGUACCUACGUACAAUAUUAUAUUUAAAUGUUUAUUUAAUUUCGAAUCUAGGCGCGUGGCCAGUGUCGCUUAUUUCACGUGUAAACUCGGUAAUAAUGGUCUUAUAUAGAUUUUUUUUGUUAUGCGUUUAAUUUUUCAUAACAAAAUGUAGAUUAUGGGAAUAUAUGAAACCUGAUUUUUCGACCUUUAUAAUAAAUACAUAAUAAUACAUAUAUGUUUUGUUGUGUGUUUGUAUAUAGAGGUGUAUCUUAAUAUAAUUAUCAUAAAUGUAUCUAACUUUGAUGAAGAAAUAAUAAUUAUUAUUAUAUAAAUAUAUAAUAAUAGAAAUAGAGUUUUAUUAAGAAAUAAAUAAAGAAGUUAUAACAGUGUAGUAUCGUUUCUUUCAAAUGGAACUUUUAAGUAGUAGGUUUUUAAUUAUUUUUAACAGUUUUUUUUUAAAGAGAAUUGUAACUUGUUAUUUAUUUCAAAAGAUUAUUAUUAUUGAUGUUUUUUUUCUCUUCUUCGUAGAAUGUAUAAGUUGUAAUAUAGGAAUGAUACUGCCCUUAUUUGUAUUUUUUCGUUGGCUUGGACGCGGGAGCGAUGAAAAAUAACAAAAUCAUAAGUAACGUAAUUUAUAGUACAUAAUAAUAAGUUGGAUUAUAACGUAUUAUUGCGCGGUGCAUUGAACAAAAUUGCAGUUGAGUACAUAUUAUUACCAUAAUAUAUUGAAUGGAACAAUCAAAUUUGUACGGAUCAUAUUCAUUGCGUACUGUAAAUAGCAGGCAAUAUGUAUUUUUUUUUUGUAGAAUAAAUUUGAUCUCAUUUAUUUUUUUGCACAUUCUUCGCUCGGGUGCCAUGUAUUGGAUUUAUCACACAAUUAUUGCAUAAUAUAUGAAAUUAAAAAGCACACAAUCAAUGCAUAAUAAUCCCGAUAUAAUUUUGUUAUAAGUACAUUUUUAUACGUAAUUUUUACAGCUAUUUAUUAUUUACAAAUUUUAGCUUUUGAUUUUUUUUAUUUUUAUUUGUACGUAUCACUUUUUUUUCACAAAAAUUGCCUGCUAUAUAUACAUAGAGUAUUGACCAUACAUUUUUCUAACACUUACGCUAAGUUUUGUCGAAUAGCCUUUACUUAUAGACUGGUUUAUUAUUAAUGUUAAAAAAGUAUAAAUCUUAACUCGUAUUUUGUAAAUAGUUAUUAAAAUCAUAUGUAUUUUAUAUUAAAUAUCAUAAGGUUCAAUGGGUUAUUUUUAAUUUUACAUUCUAUUAAAAAGCGAAACAUAUUUUCCACUAUGAACUACGGGAUAUUGAAUCUUGAAAGAUCAUGUGAAAAGUGUUGUUUUUUUUUCUUUCUAUAUAUUAUAUAUUUUUUGUUAAAUAAAGCAAUCUGUUAUUGUCUA